AUGCUCGACAGAAAUGGCGUCGACCCGAACCACCUCAACCUCACCACCACCAAUAGUACCCUCAUUGCUAUGCAGCGGAAGUACUGCAAGCUGGGAGAAUGCCCAAUCUCCUGGGCAACCAUAUCCUAUCUACCGAACAUUGGAGGCAACGUCGUCUACUUGGCCUGCUUCUUCGUGCUGUUGGGGAUUCAGAUGUUCUUUGGCAUCAAGCACAAAACAUGGACAUUCCUUGGAUCAAUGAUUAUGGGUCUUCUGCUAGAGAUCAUCGGAUAUAUUGGCCGCAUCAUGCUUCACAACAAUCCCUUCAUCAUGAAUAACUUCUUGGUCUAUCUCAUCUGCCUCACCAUCGGCCCAGCUUUCUUUAGCGGAUGCAUCUAUCUCUGCCUUGGACGAAUCAUUACCGUCGUCGGCCCAGAGCACUCCCGUCUCCAGCCCCGAACAUACGCCAAAAUCUUCAUUGGCUGCGAUCUAUUCGCAUUGGUCUUGCAAGCAGUUGGAGGUGCUCUCGCCUCGACCGCUAAAGACCAUGCCGGCUCUCAGCAAGGGACCAACGUCAUGAUUGCGGGUCUCGUUUCCCAGGUCAUCUCUAUGGUCCUGUUCAUGGCUCUCUGGCUCGACUUUACCAUUCGAGUACGGAAGGCGAAGGCCAUGGGGUCGCUUGGACGCAGCCAGCCCGCUCUGUACAACACUCUCCGCAACUCCGCCAUCUUUGCUGGCUUCCAGUGGAGUCUCAUCGUUGCCACUAUCUUGAUCUUCAUUCGAUGCAUUUAUCGUGUUGCCGAGCUUGCAGGCGGUUUCAACAGCGCUAUCGCCAACAGCCAGGUCUCGUUCAUGAUCUUUGAAGGCCCCAUGAUCAUUACUGCCGUGGCCCUGAUCACCUGGUUCCAUCCCGGACGCGUUUUCCGUCAGCUCUGGGUCCCCGCUGGAAAGGGAGAUCGUUUGGUUACCAAGGGAAUGAAGCCAAUGCACUCUGACAACGGAUCGGAUGUCCAAUUGGGGUCAAACAUUGCGCUGUCUGAGGGCGAGCAGUUCAGGGAAAGCUGGAGAGCACAGCACCAGCGUGCUUGAAGAGUGACUGGAUCACCAUUUUAAUUGGCGAUGGGAUGGCCUACGAAUUUCAUAUUCUACUUGGCAUACAGCGAAUGGUAUAUGGGGCACUGCAUGUCAGGUAUAAAACGGAUGUCCGGAAAGCAUUUCAUGGAUAGAGACGACAAAUAUAUGUGGGAAGGGAUGAGCAUUGAGUCUAUACAGGCGUUUACGGAUAUCUUAAUAUGGAGUACCC